AUGGCCAUGGCAUCGAUCUGGUACACGGGCAAGGCAGCCUUUUUAUUAGGCGACAUCAUCUCCACACUCCAUGCCGACGAAGUGAUCCCCGAAAAGAAACUCAAAAAGGUGGCCGAAUAUACCUACAGACCGCAUGUCCAGGUCGAGAACCUCUGCGAGCUCUUAUACGCAGAUGCGCUCAAGUGGCGCGACCGCCCAGUCCAGGCAUUUAAGUCGCUGCAGGUGAUUGACUACUGCGCGCACGAGGGCUCGCCCAAGUUCAAGGAAUGGGCGAGCCAGCUGCCCAGCUCCCUGGACAGCGUAGUGGAGGAGGAAAAGGCGCCCGGGGAGGGGGGCGACGACGACAAGGACGACGACAAGUCGGUGCAGUUUGUGCGCGUCAAGAAAUAUGCCGCGGAGCUGGCCGCCCUGCUGCGGGACGAGGCAACCCUGGCGUCCGAGCAGGCGGGCUCGACGAUCUGGAAGCACAGGAUGAACAGGAAGAUCCUCAGGCCGUGGGGGGCCGGCGACUUCGUCAACGUGCGGGAUGUGCCGGACGGCGCGGCUCCUCCUCCGCCGUACGCCCCCUUGGACCCCUCUGCUGGAGAGUCCUCUGCAAGCCCGGUCGUGGAUUUGCCUGAGACGAUCGCCGGUAGGCCUAGCAGCCAGGACGUCUUCCUCAGCUCGCGGCGCAAGACGCCCACCCUCGUCAAGGAUUCGAUGCUGCAAACGACCUUUGGCGACGAUGGCCGUAGUGUCUAUCAUGUUUCAUAUGUGGCUGAUGCUGGAAACCAGCAGCGGCAAGUAAGAAGAGAGUCCAGGUGGACGAGGGAGCGCAAGAUUGGGUCAUCGGCGUCUAGCAGCACCUGGCUUGAGAAGUGCAUCAGCGGAGAAGAAGGCGGCCAACUCCGCGCUGUGAAGGAGAUCCCCAAGAGAAUCUCAAGCAGAGCCGCCGAUGAUUCAGGCUUUGUGGAUUAUACCAAGCAGCUCGAAGCCAUUGCCAAGUUCUCACAAGAGGAGCACAGAGCCCGUUUCGUGCAGUCCUAUGGUUGGUACGAAAACGAGGAUGCCAUACUGGUAUCCAUGGAGUUUCACCUCCUCGGAGACCUGAGGCACUUCAUGUGGUUUCAGUUUCCCGAAGAACAUGUCAGACUCAUCAUAUCUCAAAUCCUCGUGGCCCUAGAUUUGGUGCACGAAAGCGGGUUCGUGUACGGAGCGCUCGAUCCAUCGAACAUAUUCGUGAUAGACACGGCACCACGGUGGUGGGUUAAACUUGGCGACUUUGGUCUCUCAAAGAAGGCUGCAGAAGUGGAAUCCUUCCGUACGAAUGAGAAGAGUCUUCUCUACCUACCGCCCGAGGAACGCAAAAAGCAAUUUCUGCCCCCGAAGACUGUUGACCCGGAUUUCGCCGAGGUCGAGGCCAUGCGCGAGGCCAAGCGUGGGAAGAUGAUAGAUGUGUGGGCAACCGGAGCCCUCGCCUUCCAGCUUCUCACCAACCAGGCUCUGCCUGAAGAUGUUGACGGCGAUUCUGACAGCGAUCAGUUCCCUCGCCAAAUGCUCAUUGAUCUCGGAGCAAGUGAGCCUUGUAUCGACUUCCUGGAUCAAUUGCUUUCCACUCCGCUAGAUAAGAGGCUGUCGUCUUCUCAGGCUUUGGCACUCCCUUGGAUAGGCAGAGCUCGUGAAUAA